AUGCCCUUCGUUAAGGUCACCAAGAACAGCGCCUACCACGCCCGCUUCCAGGUUAAGCCCCGUCGUCGCAGGGAAGGCAGGACUGACUACUACGCCCGCAAGCGCCUUGUGUCGCAGGCCAAGAACAAGUACGCCUCGCCCAAGUACCGCCUUGUCGUCCGCUUCACCAACCGCCAGGUGAUCUGCCAGAUCGUCUACGCCAAGCUCACUGGUGACGUUGUUCUUGUCCACGCUUCGUCGAAGGAGCUCUCCAAGUACGGCAUCGAGCACGGUCUUACCAACUGGACCGCUGCCUACGCCACUGGUCUCCUUGUCGCCCGCCGUGCCCUUACCAAGCUCGGCCUCGCCGACAAGUACGAGGGCUUCGCUGAGCCCACCGGCGAGAUUGAGCUCGUUGAGCCCCUCGGCGAUGACGAGCCCCGCCCCUUCAAGGCUUACCUCGACGUCGGUCUCCGCCGCACCUCGACCGGUAACCGUGUCUUCGGUGCCAUGAAGGGUGCCUCGGACGGUGGUAUCUUCAUCCCCCACAACGAGAAGCGUUUCCCCGGCUUCGACCCCGAGACCAAGACCCUCGACGCCGAGGUUCUCUCCAAGUACAUUGUCGGUGGCCACGUCGCCGAGUACAUGGAGGACCUCGAGGAGGAGGACGACGAGCGCUUCAAGAAGCAGUUCGCCACCUACCUCGCCGCCGAGAUCGGCUCGGAGGACAUUGAGGAGAUGUACACCUCGGCCUACGAGAAGAUCCGCGAGGACCCCACCUUCGUCCCCACCGAGAAGGACACCGCCAAGUGGAAGGCCGAGUCGGUCAAGUACCGUUCGGUCCGCCUCACCAGGGAGCAGCGUCGCGAGCGCGUCGAGGCCAAGAUCGCCGUCUGGAAGGCCGAGAACUAA